CCAUAGAUAUUUACAUUAACAAUUCAUAAACAGUAGUAAAAAUACAGUUAUGAAGUAGCAAGGGAAAUAAUUUAAUGGCUGGGGCCAUCACAACGUGAGGAGCUGCGUUAAAGGGUCGCAGCAUUAGGAAGGUGGAGAACUGCUGUUCUUGUGGUUUACUAUGCAAAAACUACAGAAUUAGGUCACUUUAUGCCUAAAGAGCAGGGAGGAUGUCAGUAACUUUACUCAUUUUUAAAAAUUUGUUGACUUGUUUCUGGUUUUUUAAAAGACAAAAUAGCACCGGCUAGGGGCUGCAGAGAUGGCUCAGCAGUUAAGAGCACUGGCCGCUCUUCCAGAGGUCCUGAGUUCAAUUCCCAGCAACUACAUGGUGGCUCAAAACCAUCUAUACUGGCAUCUGAUGCCCUCUUCUAGUGUGCAUGAAGACAGAAAACUCAUAUACAUAAAAUAAAUAAAUCUUUAAAAAUAUUAUAUAAAAAAUUAGCACUGCCUGUUCUUAAACUUGCUGUAUAGACCAAGCUGGCUUUGAACUCACAGAGAUCCUCCUGCCUCUAUCUCCUGGGUGCUGGAGUUAAAAAGUGUGCACCACUAUGCCCAGCUAAAUCUGGGUGAUAAAACCAACACAGUAUUAGGUACUCUGGGAGAUUAUGGGUGGAGCACAGGCCUCUUUCUGAUAGAGAUCUUAGUUAAAUUGGAGAAAUAAGGCCAACGUGGGGAGCGUUGGGUUUACAGAAUGACUUAAGUACUCCUAGGGACAGGUAUUGAACCUCUUGGCACCUUUUUAAAAUUUUAUAACUAUAAAAGGUGUGCAUUGACCUUUUAGAGGUUGUAAGAUGCCCAUCAUUCCUACAGAAAAUAAUGCAAGGUGGUUUAUCCUUAACUUUUACUCACUAGCACAUACCAACCAGACCUCUAACCACUCCUGUGGCAGCCCGAGUGCCAGCACCCUGGAACCUGGAGCCAUCGAUCCACACUGAAGCCCAUGUUUCCUAGAGUCCAGUCUCUCUAGUGUGCAGAUGCAUUUUGAGGCCAGUGUCUUCAUGCCCAGCAAGGACUAUUAGGAUUCUUGGUGAGCUUGUGGCCAGCCCAGCCUUUCAUGUUCCACAUCCCUGUUGUCCUUGGUCACCGUCCAGGAUCAGUUGUCAGAAUAGACAAGAUGUGGUCUAACAGACAAUAUGACAAGGGACCCCAGAACGCUUGCAGUGAUGAUUCUGGCCUAAGGAGAGCAAGAGACGGUCUUCCUGCAAGCCGGCAGCAUGAGUGCAGGGACGUGAAAGGUGCCUCAAGAAAACAAUGCUCUUCCUCUUCCCAUAAUUCAAGACAUCAGUCUUCCCAUAAAGGGACUUCUUUUUUCAGAAAAUCAAGUGUAGGUCAAAAGGACUCCCCACAAAGCAAGUCUGGAUCCAGUGGAGGGCGCUCUCCAAAACAAAGCAAACAGCAUUCUUCCCAUGGCUCACAUCUUAGGAAGUCCAAACCUGUUCAGAGCGCUGGCCAGCCUGUGAAAGCGUCAAGAGACCCCUGCCCAUCCAGUUCUUCAGUAGUCCCUUCAUCAGAAACCUUAGACAAGCUCAAAAGGUUGGGUGAAAAGGGACUUCCUGAAGCUGCAGGUCUGCAGGCUGUAGAAAAGCCAGAGAUGGCUGGUGAACGUGACUUACCUACACUUUCUGAGUUUGAAGUUGGGUUCACAGAACCGUUACUUACGGAUCAACCACAAGAACCAUCACACAAAACAGAUGGCACAGAAUUAAUUUAUGACCAACUAACCAACCGCCUUAAAGCAAUAGCAUCAAAAACCAAGGAAAUUAAACAAGCCUACUACCAAGACUGUGAAACCUUUGGAAUUGUGGUGAAAAUGCUGGUAGAAAAAGAUCCUUCAUUAGAAAACUCCAUUCAGUUUGCGCUUAGGCAGAAUUUACAUGAGAUGAGUGAGUGCUAUGUGGAAGAGCUCAGGCAGUUCAUUGUGGACUAUGACAGUGCUGCUUAAGAACUGCUACUCUAGCAGAAAAUGUUUCUUGACUGUGAUUCCAGAAUUGCAUAAGUAUUUUAAGUAUGGAAGUAAAUAUGUUAAGUAAACAUCUAAAAUGGUCAGCUUAAAAUGAUCUAUUCGGAAAUAUCUCCACCAGUGC